CGCUCCGGGCCGCGGACAGUAACGUCCAGUAGCCUCCCGGGAGCCUUCCGUUCCGGCUGCGCUGAGGACUUGCAUGGCGGCAGUGGGGUCGAGGACCGGCCCCAGAGCCGGGGCAGAGGCGCUGGCGCUGGCGACGGAGCUGCAGGGCGAGGCGACGUGCUCCAUCUGCCUAGAGCUCUUCCGGGAGCCUGUGUCUGUCGAGUGCGGCCACAGCUUCUGCCGCGCCUGCAUCGCGCGCUGCUGGGAGCGCCCGGGCUUAGGGGCCGCCACUGUGCCCCGAGCGCUGCCCUCCCCUCUACCCUGCCCCCAGUGCCGCGAGCCAGUGCGCCCCAGCCAGCUGCGACCCAACCGGCAGCUGGCUGCGGUGGCCACGUUGCUGCGGCGCUUCAGUCUGCCUGCGGCCGCCCCAGGAAAACACGGAUCCCCGGAGGCGGCGGCCUCAGGGGCAGCUGUCGGGUGCGCACAGCACGGAGAACCGCUUAAGCUGUACUGCCAGGACGACGGCCGUGCCAUUUGCGUGGUGUGCGACCGCGCCCGCGAGCACCGCGAGCACGCGGUGUUGCCUCUGGACGAGGCGGUGCAGGAAGCCAAGGAGCUCUUGGAGUCCAGGCUGAAGGUCUUGCAGAAGGAACUGGAAGACUAUGAGGUAUUCAGGUCCUCUGAAGAGAAGGAGAGCAAGGAACUCCUGAAGCAGAUGGCAGCUGAGCGAGAGAAGGUUGGGGCGGAGUUCCAGGCACUGCGGGCCUUCCUGGUGGAGCAGGAGGGCCGGCUCCUGGGCCGCCUGGAAGAGAUGUCCAGGGAAGUGACACAGAAGCAGAAUGAGAACCUAGCCCAGCUUGGGGCUGAGAUUACUCAGCUUUCCAAGCUCAGCAACCAGAUCCAGGAGACAGCUCGAAAGCCCGACCUUGACUUCCUCCAGGAAUUCAAAAACACACUAACCAGGUGCAGCAAUGUGCCUGGCCCCAAGCCAACUGCAGUCUCUUCUGAGUUGAAGAAUAAGGUCUGGAAUGUUUCCCUCAAGACUUUUGCCUUAAAAGGGCUGCUGAAGAAGUUCAAAGAGGAUCUUCAGGGAGAACUGGAGAAGGAGGAGAAAGUGGAGCUCACCUUGGACCCCAAAACGGCCAAUCCCCGCCUCAUUCUCUCUUUGGAUCUGAAGAGCGUGCGCCUUGGACAGCGAACACAGGACCUGCCCAACCACCCCUGCCGCUUUGACACCAACACCCGCGUCCUGGCAUCCUGCGGCUUUUCCUCUGGGCGGCAUCACUGGGAGGUGGAAGUAGGCUCCAAGGAUGGCUGGGCCUUUGGAGUGGCUCGUGAGAGUGUGCGCCGUAAGGGCCUCACGCCCUUCACCCCUGAGGAGGGGGUCUGGGCGCUGCAGCUCAACUGUGGGCAGUACUGGGCUGUGACCAGCCCUGAGCGGACGCCCCUCAGCUGUGGGCACCUGUCGAGGGUGAGGGUGGCUCUGGACCUGGAGGUGGGAGCUGUGUCCUUCUACGCGGUGGAGGACAUGCGCCACCUCUACACCUUCCGUGUCAACUUCCAUGAGCGUGUGUUUCCCCUUUUCUCUGUCUGCUCCACUGGCACCUACUUGCGAAUCUGGCCCUGAAGGACCUUGUAGGAGGUGGGAUGAGUCAGUCAUGGAUCUCCACGCUUCUACUCCGGACUGCCUAAGAGGAGCUGAUAUGGGACACAGCACUGGAAGUGUGAGAAUGAAUGAUUGAGGAACUGGACCCUAUGGCCAACUGAGCAGGGGAAGAGCUGCCUUGGACCUUGGAGCCUGUCUUUCCCUGCUAAUAGCAUGUGGAUUGGCAUGAACUGAGAUGGUGGAGGCAGUGAGAACAAGAGCAUAGCUCUUGACAGAAAUGCUUCCUAUAAGGCCCUGCAGCAAUGUCAAACCCUGGUCUUGUGCUGUCCUCAGUGGCAAGGGGGCAGGUUUAGGUUUUGGCUAGCCAAAUUCAUAAUCACUUCUGCUUUGCUUCUUGUCAGCUGCCAGCUCUACCUUAAGAGGUCAUGAGACCUCUGCAUUCAGCUGGCCUGAGAAAGUUGUCUGCUCAAGAGAAGCACUCAACUCACAGCUCAGAGGACAAUCUGGGCCAGAACUGGAAGGAGACCCUUAACCCAUGUAAGGAAAAUCCCAGGAAAACAGCAUAUAGGCAUUGCUACUGUCCAGUAUCCCUUAGUCUGAUGAAACAGAGUGAUAAGUGCCUCACUGAUCACAGUGAUGAUUAACUUCUCACAGAUACCCAACUGCCCUUCCAGUGCCAAGUAGCGUCCCUCGGGUAAGGGGAUUAAUGAUUCUGGAAUUUUGAAACAGAAGUUGGCACAGAUGCAAUUAGAACCAGCACAGAAAUGCACAGAGCAUAAAAAUGUUCCUGGUGGACCUUUUUGGGAACUUGCCAAAUGCACGCCAAAAGCAGGCUGUGCCCUGGUGGUGAUUCUCCUAGCCACCCUCAUUAUCUCUUGACUAAUUGUUCUCCAACUUCUAGAUUGUUGUGCUUUUGAGAGGGUGGUGAUGGACUGUUCCUUGCAUAGUACUCCUCUGUGAAGGCGGACAGAUAGAUGAAAAUACAAACUGUAAUCACAUGUCUCAGUGUGGCUUGGCUCAUUUUCUACUCCUUCAGGUUGAGUGCAGCAGAACAAUCAUGAGCAACAGUUUCUGCUAAAGUCUUACGUGUGUGUUUAUGUAUGUGAGGAGUGUGCACACAUA